AUGUGCGUAUUAAUAGUUCGCAAAACAAUUUACUAUGAUGGAGACAUCGAUAAAUUAUAUAUCAAUACUCAAAACGAAGAGAAAAGAAAAAUACAAAAUAACUCUUAUUCGGUUGUUUUCCCGAACGAUUCUACCCUUGAAAACGAGAUCGAGCAUCCUAAUUUUAAAAACGUCAUUCAGUACAAAGUGAACAACAAUUACAAGAUUAUCUCAAAGGGUAUUUUCGAUGAGAUCCAUUGGUAUACACAACCGUAUUACUACAAUCGAUCUGACUGGGAAUCACAGUUUAACAACAUUAUCAAGACUAUUCGUGAGGUUUAUACUAAAAUAGAAAGCGGCAAAAGAAUUGAUAAUACUCAAUAUCAAUUAGAUAAAUACUCCACAGCAAGUGUGAGAGUCGUAAACCAUACAGAAUGUCCAUUUAUUGAAGGCCAUAACAUUUGCCUUAGUAAAGACUACAAAUGGACUAUAUUUUUAAAACAGGGAACGUUAGAUAUUCACAGUUUGGUUCCAGGAAUGAAUAAAAGAAUUCCGCAGAACGUUCAGUGGAUUGAUAGCGGAGUUUAUUUUGUUUCCCAGCCUCGAAGAAAUAAUCAUCUAGGACACUUUAUUGAAGGAAUUAAUCAAGCUUUGCUUGUACUUCGCUUUCCAUCAUUGUAUCCAAAAUUUACUAAUUGGUAUAUUCCCAAAUUUGGUUAUAAGGAAUUUGAAUGGACUAAAAUAUAUUUACGGCUGUUACACAAUCUAUUUCCUGAUGAUUUUAAACCAACUUUACAGCUCGCGAAUAGUAUUUCUUUGAACAAAAUAUUAAUGGAUCGAUGUAUUUUUGCUGGGGGAUGGUCGUAUUGGCCAGGAUUUUUCGCUCAAGAUGUUAUGAGAGCAUCAUCAUAUAAGCAUAUAAAUAUUACAUCAAGAAAGAAUAACCCAGGGGAGUUCCAUCUAAUUAUCAUAGAUAGAAAUGAUAACAGAGGUUUUGCCCUACACAAAAAAUGGAAGUCAAUAAUACAAACAUAUUAUCCAGUAAUAGAUAUUUCCUAUCACCUUAUGGACAAUCUAUCAUUCCGAGAUCAAGUACUAUUGUUUUACACCGCAGAUAUCGUGCUAUCCACGCAUGGCUGUGCUUUAACAAAUCUUAUGUUUUCCACCCCACAUACGGUGGCAAUUGAAUGCCACCCUCCCUACUACUUUGAACCAAGUUACAUGACAAUUACCAUGAUUUCACGAGUUCACUACAUUCAAGUAACUACUUUCUAUCCACAUCAAAUGUCCAAUAAUCGAUGGAGAGAAGCUGAAUUAGCCUAUUACAAUGGUUAUUUCUUUCCAAAUAAGAAACUGCUUCACAAAAGUGUGAAUCCUCCUCUCUUCAAAGUGUUAACAGCAAUAAAAGAUGCAACUGAAUACCUAAGGCGUUGGCGUUUUAUAUAUAAUACGAACUAUAAAUGGUCACCCAUCUUUCCCUUUACUUUUUGUUUAUCACACUUUGCGCUUUUUCGGAGGAAACAAAGCAAACAUAAUUCCACUACAUUAUUAUUGUUACUUAGAAUCUAUGAAGUCCAAAAUAUUAUAACUAUUGUGAUUCAUCCGCCGUAG